CAAAGGGGGAAUUUUUAUUUUUAUUUUUCCCUACUCUUUUGUUCACAUCGAGGGAUUUGAUUUUCUGUCGCCGCUUCUGCUCGUUCAAAUUUCCACAAUUUCAUCAGUUCUUUCACCGUCCUGUUCCAACCUCUAAACUCACUUCUCUCUCUCUCUCUCUCUCUCUCUCUCUCUCUCUCUCUCUCUUCUGUCUCUCCCCUCCAUGUACACCUACAAACAUGCCUGUGCAAACUUACCUGCAUGUUGAUUCACACCAACAGACUUCUCAAGUCACGCUUCAAACCUUCUCAUGUCCACAAACCCCACCCCUUUUCCAUGUUCUCAUCAACUCCUCUUCCCUCUCCACCCAACCAAACAGUCCCAACUCCUCUGAACGACACCGUUCACCAUAUAUCUUCUCUGAUAACCCAACCCAACUGGGAACAAAGCAACCGCUUGAAAUCACUCGUUUCUCACAUGCCUCCCCACGUAGCUUCCAACGUAAUUGCACGCCACAGCUCCAACGUUGAGCUGGGUGUGCGUUUUUUCACAUGGGUAUGCAAGCAAUCCACUUACUGCUACGAUUUCCACUGUAGAGUUCAUCUGUUGAAGUUAAUGGUUUUUCGUAACUUGUUUGUUGUUGCACAUAAGGCCGUAGUUUUCUUGAUUAAAGAGUGUAGUUGUAAUGGCGAGGUUGAGAUUGUCAAGUUGAUGGGUGCUCUUGAUGAAAUGCGAGAGGUAGGGUUUAGGCUUAAUUACCCUAGUUACAGCACUCUUUUGAUGUGCUUAGCUAAGUUGAGCAUGGGUCGAUCGGCUUUUUUCGUGUAUAGAAGAAUGGUAGAUGAUGGGUUUGUUGUUGGCAUUGUUGAUUAUAGGUCCAUUGUUAAUGCCCUGUGCAAGAAUGCGUUUGUUCGAGCUGCUGAGAUGGUUUUAUCAAGAAUUUUGAGGGUUGGGUUUCGUUUGGAUGUCCAUAUUUGUUCCUCCUUGGUGUUGGGUAGUUGCAGGGUAGGUGAUCUCAAAGAGGCCUUCCGAGUGUUUGACAUAAUGUCUGAGCAGGAGGGAUGUAAGCCCAAUGGUGUAACGUACUCAGUACUGAUUCAUGGGAUAUGUGAAGCCGGUGAGAUUGAAGAGGCGUUUCAGUUGAAGGAAGAAAUGAGUGAAAAGGGCUGCCCGCUGAGCGUGCGUACUUAUACCGUCCUCAUCAAAGCUCUUUGCGACAUAGGAUUGACUGACAAGGCUUUAGGCUUGCUUGAUGAGAUGGUUGUGAAGGGAUGUAAACCGAAUAAUCACACUUAUACAGUGUUGAUAGAUAGGUUGUGUGGAGAAGGAAAGAUUCAGGAGGCAAAUGGGAUGUUCAGAAAGAUGUUAAAAGACGGGUUGUUUCCUGGCAUAGUAACCUACAAUGCGUUAAUCAAUGGUUACUGCAAGGAAGGGAGGGUUGUCUCUGCUUUUGAGCUACUUAGUGUGAUGGAAAGGAGAAAUUGCAGACCUCUUAUUCGCACCUACAAUGAGCUAAUGGAAGGCCUUUGCAUUGUAAAUAAGCCUUACAAAGCGAUGUUGCUACUGAGAAGGGUCAUUGAUAAUGGACUAUUGCCUGAUCGAGUUUCCUACAACAUUCUGAUCGAUGGUUUUUGCAAGGAAGGGCAACUUAGAAUGGGAUUUGACAUAUUAAAAUCAAUGGAAGCACUUGGCCUUGGACCUGAUGGUUUGACUUGUACUGCCAUAAUUGACGGGCUUUGCAAACAAGGGAGACCGGAGGAAGCAAAUGGGGUCUUGGGUUUGAUGACAAAGAAGGGACUAUCACCUGAUGUUGUAACAUUGACUGCUCUUAUUGAUGGGUAUUGCAAGAUUGGUGAAGUUGGAACUGCAUUUAUGCUUUUUGAGAGAAUGGUUGACCGUAGAUAUUUGACGAGCCCGCAUAUAUUCAACUUAUUCCUCGAUGUUCUCAGCAAACAAACUAGGUUGAAUGAAACAAAUGCAAUGGUGGGGAAGAUGUUCAAGUAUGGGUUAGUUCCUUCUGUAGUGACUUACACUAUAUUAAUAGAUGGGCUGUGUCGAGUAGGUUGUACUAAAGAUUCCUUUAACAUGGUAGAACUUAUGAAACAAAGUGGGUGUCUCCCAAAUGUUUACACAUAUACAGUUGUCAUCCAUGGCCUUUGCCAACUAGGAGGAGUAGAGGAAGCACAUGCUCUUCUCUUCAAGAUGCCCCUUUUAGGUCUAUCUCCAAACCACAUUACAUACACUAUACUGGUACAAGCACAUGUUAAAUCUGGUAGGUUGGAUUGUGCAAUUAAGAUUGUGAGUUCAAUGGUUAGAAAUGGCAUUCAACCAAACAAUCGUAUCUACCAUGCAUUGCUUGCAGGGUUUGUUAUGUCAGCCAACAAGGAAGGAGCUCUGAGCUCUUUCCAUGAUGUAGCGGCUAAAUACUCCCUUAUAAUGAAGAACGAUGGUGAUUACUUUGCUGAGCAUGUUUUCAGAGAAAUAGAUAUUGGCGAUGCUUUUGAACUUCUAGAUAAGAUCAAGGAAUGUGUGGGCUCCACGGUGGAGUUGCAUAAUUCUUUAGCAAUGGGUUUAUGCAAAGUGGGAAGAAUGUCAGAAGCAGGUCAUCUUGUCCAAGAUAUGGUGAUACGUGGUCUUGUUCCUGACAAAUCUGUCUGUUCUUUGAUCAUUAAGCACUUCUGUGAGGAGAAAAAUUUUGAUUACUGCCUUGGGUUCAUGAAACUAAUUCUCGACAAUGGUUUUAUUCCAUCCAUUUCGUGUUACUGUUCUUUGAUACUUGGUCUUCGCCACAAAGGAAAGGUUCAAGAAGCACAAAGACUGGUCUGUGAUCUCUUCAGAUAUGCUAAUAUUGAGGAGAAAGCUGCAGUAUCACCUUAUAUUGAAUUCUUAGUUAAGGAAGAUGAACCCUUUGAGUUCCGUGAGCUUCUAAGACAAGUUGAGCAAAUGUAUCAGAAUGAGAGGCCAAUUAUCUAAUUCCUAAUCUGUCCGUUUGUCCUGAAAAGCAAGCAGGAUGUAAACCAGAUUCAAAUCACUGUAGUUGAGGGACUUAUUGGUUUUACCAAUCAUUCAUUUACUGCAUCUUCAGCAUGUCAAGGUUCCUGUUCCUGUCCAAAAAAGGAUGAGGUUUUGGCAUUUUGCUAAAACUGGAAGCAGAAAGUUUAAAUCCAGUUGAUUGGAAUAUACAGAAACGCAUCUGCGCCCUCUUUUUCC